AUGGACGCAGUAACUGCGAUUUUUAACUCAAGCACUUUGACAUUUCAAUCUUCUUUGGCUUCCAAUGUUAGCUUGUAUACUGCCAAUAUACUUUUUCCUCAGUUUACUGGUGUUACAUUUGUGAUUCUAGCUGUAAUGAUGACGACUGCAGCAGUUUUGAUAACUUUUGGAAAUGCGUUGGUUUUCCUUGCCUUUGUAGUAGAUAAAAGAAUUAGAACACAGAGCAACUUGUACCUGCUGAGCUUGGCUCUAUGUGACUUCUUUAUAGGUUUGGUGUCCAUUCCUUUUAAUAUACCUUACAGUCUUUAUGGAACCUGGAUGCUUGGAAAAGAACUUUGCAAGUUCUGGAUGGUAAUGGAUUAUACCUCAUGUGUAGCUUCAGUUUUAAACAUUCUUCUUAUUAGUUAUGACCGAUACCUCUCUGUCACUAAACCAGUUGCACAUCGGGCUCAGCAAGAGAAGACAUGUAACAGCAUUGUGAAGAUUGCUGCUGUAUGGUUGCUUGCAUUUAUGAUUUAUGGUCCAGCUCUGAUUUUUUGGGAAACUAUCACUGGACAAUCACAGCUACUGAGUGACCAGUGUGUUGCUGAAUUUACAUACACCUGGUACUUUUUAGUUUGUUUUGUAAUCUGCAAUUUUUGCAUUCCCUUCUUCAGUGUGAGUUAUUUCAAUCUAAGCAUAUACUGGAAUAUCAGAAAGCGAACUAAAAAUAGGCAAAUUAAAGAAAUUGCUAAGAUGCAACUACAAUCAAAAAGUGAAGGAGAAAAAACAUUGUUGUCUAUUAUAAAACAGCAUAAGCUUUCACUAAAGGCAAAGCUAACCUGUUCUUCAUUGGUGUCAAAACAGUGUGCUGUUACUAAAUGCUCUGAACAAGUUCUUUCAGUGCAAAAAAUGGACAAAAUGACUAACAAUCUAAAUAAUGGCUACAUCUCUUCAACAGUGAAUGAGCAACAAACACAGACUCAAAACUCUGCAUUAAGACUGUCCAAGGACAAAAAGAUUGCAAAGUCUCUUGCCUUGCUUGUUUGUUUGAUUGGUGGAGAGUCCACCACAACAGGACAACAUAUGACUGCUGUUAGGAAGGUGCAUGUGGUUGAUGAAAAUGACAACAUGCAAAUGUCACAAUACAAUGACACAAUGGACUGUCUGCAAAACUACAGGAGGAAAGGUCACCAGUAUCCUCUGUUACAGAAGCCCCUGAGGACACAACCUUACCAGUGA